AUGCUCCCCAACUACAACAACCACUGGCAAGAAGCCAGACAUAGAAACACUAAUCGUCAACCAAACCAAUAUCACGUACCCUACAACGGCCCUGUCUUCCAUCGACCUCUACCACCUACUAAUCGCCGACCACCAACCAACCCAUCCAGCUAUAUCCCACCCCAUCGCCAACCUACCUACAACACAGGCUACCAAUCAAGAGGUAACCAUCGACCUGACCAACAACAGAAACGAAUACCAGCCCACCGACGCCAACCAGUCCCCACUCAUAAGGAGGAAGAACCCUUUGGGAAGGUGUUCUUCCAAGUUUUGCAGUGCCUCCAUCAUUUGGCAAUCCUUACCCUUCAACAGCAAGGCCAACCAGCGUUUACCUUCAAACGCAAAGUCUCUGAGUUGGAUAGUUUUAUCCGUCCAGCAAUGAAAACAUCAGCUGUUGACGCGAAUAUUAGAUCCCUCAAUCGGACAUGGCUCUCUAAGGUUACGCAGGGCCUGAUCGACCAUUACCAAACCACACUUCAAGAGAAGCUGACCACCAUUCGUACCAAGUCUUUAUCAUCACCUGCCGUCGACCGCAUCGUUUCUCAUACCCUGUCAUGGGCCCGUCGCUCCUAUGGGAAACGUCUCACUCAAGCUGUAAUCACCAAAUUCUACCAAACAAUCAACGAAACAAACCAACUGAAAUGGACACUACACCUGCACCAUCUAGAGCCACCACGCUGCCGAACCAAACCCCUAAACGAGCCCGAAGUUCACCUACUCCUAGUCAUAGGUAAACGCUCUGAAUCUUCACCAGGUGAUCCGCCAACCUUUCUUCCUUCUGUGCGUUUUUGGACCAGCAAACCACCCCUCAGUCUCCAUCCAAGUCGAGACGUGUAUCCAGACCUUCCCCCAUUCGAACCAGAUCCCAGUCCGUUCCCAAUGCUACAAUUCUAA